AUGCUUUAUUUAUCGCGAAAUCUUUUGAGGUUAUGUCGGAAACAAAGAACUUUCGUUAAUUUUAACCAUACAGAAGCUUCUAACGAGAUUAUAUCCAAUAAAAAUAACGAAUCGACGAAGCACGGAAAAGACUUUAAGAUUAUAUUGACUGAAAACAAAGAAAAAAUUAUAUUUAACUCAUAUUUAGAGCAUGAAAAGCUUGAACUGGGUUACUUCAAGUAUCAUUUGAAAACACUCGCUAAAGCAAAAAAGUAUCAGACAGAAGAAUUUAGAAAGAAAACUUUACAACCUUUACCUAUAUCUUUAAAAUAUUAUGUUAACAGUGACAAAUUAUUGCAAGAAAAAGUUGUGGAGGAUCUAUCUGAUCAGACCUCUGUAUUUCAAUUACCAUUUGCAAAAACUACUCCAGUUGAAAUACUAGAGGAAAGAGUCUUACUAAAAGAUGAACCUAUUGAUGAAACUAAGGAAUAUGAUCAAUCAAAUAUUAGCAAAUGGAUGACCAACUAUGAACACUUUGAUGAUACUAAGCUUUGUGAGGAUGAAGAUGAAUUACAAAAUGACUGGACCAAACAGUAUGGAACACCGGACCCAACAAGCACUAUUAGCAAUGUUGGCUGCGGUGGUUGUGGUGCAUUACUUCAUUGUAAUGAUCCUGCUAUCCCUGGAUAUAUUCCAAGUGAAAUAUUUAAGGGUCGUUCAGUUGAAGAACUUCGAACAAUUGAAUGUCAAAGAUGUCAUUUUCUAAAAGAAUACAAUAUUGCAUUGGAUGUUACUGUCCAGUCGGAAGAAUAUGAAAGACUCCUCCAAUCUAUAAAAUAUGUUAAGUCCUUAGUUUUACUUAUGGUGGACAUACUUGACUUUCCAUGCUCUAUUUGGCCUGGUAUUGUAGAUGUCAUUGGCAAAGAUAGACCUAUAUUCAUUGUUGCAAACAAGGUUGACCUUAUUCCUGGUGACAGUAUUGGUUAUUUAAAACGGAUCAAAGAAUCUUUAAUGUCUGAAAUUAAUAAAACAAAGCUGGCCGAGGCAAAAAUACGUUAUGUGGGUUUAAUAUCUGCCAAGACUGGUUAUGGAGUUGAGGAUCUUGUCACAGCUAUGUUCAAACAUUGGUUGUAUAAAGGUGAUGUGUUUCUAGUAGGCUGUACGAAUGUAGGAAAAAGUUCACUAUUUAAUGCUCUUUUACAGUCGGAUUACUGUAAGGUUCAUGCUGUUGAUAUAGUGAAACGGGCAACAGUCAGCAGGUGGCCUGGUACAACACUCAACCUACUUAAAUUCCCCAUCAAUAGACCAUCUGCAUGGAAACUCUCAAAACGGACAGAAAGACUUGAAACUGAAUCACAUCUUUUAAAAGUUGAAAGGGAAAUAAGAAAUGGACAAGUUAAAGGACAAAGGUAUACUGAAGCUCCAUCAUUAAUGGGCCAUAUUGGAAGGACAUUUGCUGAUUAUGAAUAUCUUCAGGAGAAUGUCUUGGAGAAGAAACAGCCACUCACUGUUUUAGAUGACAAACAUGAACUGUUCUAUAAAAGUAAAUGGCUUUAUGAUACUCCAGGUGUGAUUCACCCAGACCAAGUUCUACCACUUUUAAGCACAGAGGAAUUACUUUUGACUGUGCCCAAAAAACUUAUUAGACCUCAAACAUACUACUUAAAAAAAGGCUGUUCAUUCUUUAUUGCUGGUUUAGCAAGAGUUGACCUUGUAGACUGCGCAGCACCUUGCCGCUUUACCAUAUAUUGUUCUGAACGUUUACCAGUAACUGUUGUUAAAACAGAUGAUGCAGAUGAAGUGUAUGAAAAAUUUAUUGGUACAGAGCUAUUUGCUGUACCAACGGGGGAUUUAGAAAGACUGAACAAGUGGCCAGGGCUUAAGAAAAAGGAUGCAGUCAUAGAGUUUACUGGGGAAGGACUAAAAACUUGUUGCGGGGAUAUAGUACUUUCUUCAAUAGCGUGGGUUUCAGUGACAGCAAAACCUAACACCUUUUGUGAGGUGUCUGCUUGGACUCCAGAGGGCAAAGGAAUACAUAAAAGAUACCCUUCAUUACUUCCAUUUGGUAUUCAACUGAGAGGUAAACGCAUUCAAGACACACCAGCAUAUAAAGUGGGUAAUGUUUUUGUAGAAUAG